CUGACCCGUCCCAGGCCCAGCGCGGGGCAGGAAGGGGGAUGGAGGCGGAAAGGCGGGAGCUCGUUGCAGGGCGAGGGGAAGAGGAAAGACUUACCAAGAAGAAUUUUGAUCUAGAAAAGUUAAAUAUCCCCAAGGAGAAAAACAGAUAUGAACAAACUGAGAUUCCAACUGUGGCUAUGGAAAAUCAGACACUGCUUGGUGGAAUUUCAAGUACAGAAGGUGGAUUUAUCACUGAAAUAUUUAGUCAAAAUAGUCCAUUUAGUUUUGAAAUCCUUAACUUUGAAAAUACAGUAAUUAAUAAACCUGGUGAAGAAGAGUUUCCCUCCAGUCAAGACAGACAUUUAUGCACUAUGGCUGUUGGAGAAACUUUGCUGGAUCAAUUCAAAUACCCUCUUACUAUUGAAAGUCAAAAUACAAUACUCACGGUCAAAAUACAUCCACUUGUAGAAGACAAUCAUGAUAAUGAAAUCCUUGGAAAUUAUCAGAAACUACAAGACCUAAAUCCUUCAGAAGAAGCUAAACAUAUAUAUCCACCUUAUCCACCAUCGCACUCAUACAAUGUCCAUUUUCUAUCUUCCUUAAUGAUGCAACAUAGAAAUUCUAAUGUUUUGCCACUAAGUACCUGCCCUCCAGAAGGAACAAUCAAUCAAAAUGUCAGAAUGAUACCCGUAUUCAGACCGCUACUAGAUCCAGUUACUGGUGGGAAUAAUUGUAUUUGUUAUGACCAAUUCAAAGGAAUGAUUAAUAAUUGUGUACAGUCACAAGCCUUGCCAGGUAGCUCCGAUGAACCUUGCAGUGAUAACAGCACUUUACCUCAGACUAGUGCUCCUGUCUGUGAUGAACUUGCGGAGGUAAAAGAGGCAAUUGUUAGUAAUAUGGUUAAUAACCAAAAGGAAGCAGUUUUUCAGAAUUCAGAUGCAGGCGAAACCAGCUGCAAGUUACUAACUGCACAAAAUAUAAUGGAGGACCCCAGCAGUUCACAAAGAAAAGAUUCCAGUCCAGUGGUGAUCUGCCAAUUGAAAGGAGGCACUGAAAUACUCUGUAUAAACAGUUCUGGCACAAGAGAACUGAAAACAGUUCAUCUGGUUCCCCAGUAUCAAAAACAAGAUAAUGAUCUUCAGUCAGAUGUGCCUAACCCUAUGACAGCUCUGCUGGGACAGUUUUUGCCAAUUCCAGGUAAAGUGGAUCUCAAUGAACAACAGCUUGAGAAUGGAUCUUUACAAUCAGUAGCUAGCAGUGCCACAUUCCAAUCAGAAGUAAAUCUUCAAGGGCCAACAAAAAUGACUUUAGUUGGAUUGCCUCUUAGUUCAUGGGAUACAAAGUCUAAAAAACCAUGUAACUGUACCAAAUCUCAGUGUUUGAAAUUAUAUUGUGACUGCUUUGCCAGUGAUGAUUUUUGCAACAACUGCAACUGUAAUAAUUGUUACAACAAUCCACUUCAUGAAACUGAGCGGUUUAAAGCUAUUAAGGCUUGUCUUGAUAGAAACCCAGAAGCUUUCCUGCCAAAGAUUGGGAAAGGGAAACUGGGGGAUAUUAAACCUCGCCACAACAAAGGAUGUAAUUGCAAGCGCUCAGGGUGCCUUAAGAAUUAUUGUGAGUGCUUUGAGGCAAAAAUUAUGUGUUCCUCUAUUUGCAAAUGCAUUGGCUGCAAAAAUUAUGAAGAAAGCCCAGACCGAAAAACACUAAUGAACAUGCCCAACUACACGGAGAUUAGAAAUAAUGAAGAAAACAUCCUUGUUUCAACAUCAACAUUUGAAAUGUUACCAAAAUCUAGAAGAGACAGGCAACCUACUACAUGUAUAUCCUGGGAAGUGGUUGAAGCAACAUGUGCUUGUCUCCUGGCACAAGCUGAAGAGGCAGAAAAAGAAACUUACUCUGUUUGUCUAGCAGAACAAAUGAUCUUGGAAGAGUUUGGGAGAUGCUUGUCACAGAUUCUGCAUUUAGAAUUUAAGUCCAAAGGGCUGACAGUUGAGUAA